AUUCGAGUGCAGUUCUACAUGCCAGCAGCUGCCUUCUUUGCCUCCUUACAGGGACUUCACUGUUGUCACUGCAGCAACUUUUCAAAUUUAAUUUUGUAAUUCCGCAGACACGGGAUCUAUUCUUAACAAAAUUUGUUUUCUUUUUCUUCCCCCUCCAUGAACUUUGCCCAAGGGGAUUUUGGAAUUAAACCAGGAAUAAACAACUAAAAGUGAAACCCUAGACACAUCACAGAAACUGAAACCCCAUUUCCCCAGUAUGCGGGAGUUCCUACUGCUAGCUCUCCUGGCUUUGUGCCGGGCCCGACCUUAUGAGCCACUCAGCGCCCUGGACUUCCUGAUGAGCCGCGACAUGAUGAUGCUGGAUGCUGUGGACGAAGAUGAUGACAACGAUGACGAUGAUGAUGACGACGACGACAACUUCCUGUUUCCACCCAGACGGUUCCUCCCUUUGGGCCCCCCAGAACACGAGUGUCCAUUUGCCUGCCAGUGUUCGCGGAGGGUUGUUCAGUGUUCUGAUCUGGGUUUGAAAGCUGUGCCCAAGAACAUCCCAUCAGAUGCAUUACUGAUAGAUCUUCAGAACAACAAAAUCUCUGAAAUCAAGGAAAAUGACUUCAAGGGCAUUAAAAAUCUUUACGCACUGUUCCUUGUCAACAACAAAAUCACCAAGAUUCACCCACAGGCCUUCCGCAGCAUGGACAACCUGCAGCUGCUCUACCUCUCCUACAACCUGAUGACCCAGAUCCCAGCCAAUUUGCCCAAGAACAUCCUAGAGCUCAGGAUCCACGAUAACAAGAUCAACAGGAUCCAGAAAGACGCUUUCCACGGAAUGAGGUCGCUGCAUGUACUAGAGAUGAGUGCGAAUCCACUUGCAAACAAUGGGAUUGACAUGGGGGCUUUUGAUGGCAUGGGUGCCCUGUACGUGAGAAUAGCAGAGGCCAGACUGACAGCAGUGCCAAAAGACCUGCCUUCUUCUAUCACUGAGCUGCACUUGGACUAUAAUAAAAUUGGGAAGGUGGAGAUAGAAGACUUUAUCCGCUACAAGAGAUUACGAAGGCUGGGCCUCGGCUUCAACCAGAUCAAGUUCGUGGAAAACGGAAGUUUGGCUAGCACCCCCAAUCUCAGGGAGCUUCAUCUGGACAACAACAAGCUCAAAAAAGUCCCACCGGGCUUAGACUUGCUGAAGUACCUACAGGUGGUGUAUCUGCAUGGGAACCAGAUCACCAGCGUAGGGGUGAAUGAGUUCUGCCCUGCAAGGAGCAUGAAGAAGUCACCAUAUACAGGCAUCAGCCUGUUUGCCAACCCUCUCAAAUACUGGGAGGUGCAGCCCGCCACCUUCCGCUGUGUGUCUGGCCGCAGGGGCGUGCAGAUGGGGAACUUUCGGAGAAAGUAGGGAUUUGGGGUCACAACCCCCAAUCCCACCAUGCCCACCCACUCAUCACACAUCCAGUCAAGUACCAGGGUAAAACAUCCAGGGCUAAGGAGGCUGAGUCACCAGCUGUCAGUGUAAAACAACCACACAAAGUGCCCUAUCCAGACGGAAGCUGACUGGCUGCUUGUAAUCAGGACCGUAACGUCCCUGUACACUUUAUAUACAGACAGAAAUGUUUACAGUUAAUACACAGAUAGAAGCAGAACAGUUUUCAUUACUUGAAAUAUUUCUGGGCAAUAAUUAAAAAAGGAAGGACCAAAAAAAAAAGCAUCACACACCAAAAAUAAGUCUGCAGGGAUAAAACGGCAACUGACACAAGCCUCAUCCAUGUUGUUCUUUUAUCCAUGUGUAACAACGUCUAAUACACAAAUAAAAAAAGAUACUUAUGGGCAGAUGUCAAUAUUUUCUUGAUUUGAAGUGCAAUCUUUAUGCUAGUUUAAAACAUGAAAAUCAUUACUAAGCACACAGAUGUAGUGCUUUGGAAUACAUAUGCUGUAAUUCUGCAGGAGUAAAAUCAGCGGAGAACACAGAAUACAUGCUGAAUAUGGGCUGUGUGGAGGUCCUGCGAAAUGCUUCAGUUUGCGACAAUAAAAGACAUCAUAAUCUGACAGCUGAAAUCAACUGCUUCAACUCAACAUGGAAGGAUUUAUAAGGUAGAGGAGAACCUUAGUAGUAAUUAAACAUUUAUUACAUGUCAUUACAGUGCCAGUACACUGUUAAUACCAUGCUAUCAGAGUUUUAUGCUGUCCUUGUUCUAUUUAAGCUUGUCUUGGUGUACCAGAGAAAACUGAGUGAGUUCAGGUAUACUUUAAAUUUUUACAUUGACAAAACAUCUGCACACAAACACAAACUCAACAUUCUGACUG